AUAAACCUGCAUGCAAUUGAGGGAGAUCGGUUUUUCGACAACAGGGUCUUGCUGAGGUGUGUUGCGCGACUGGGCGUCUGGAUAGUACAAAGCGGGUUCACUGUGAGUCCAAGUUGUGCUUCCUCAGUCAAGAGUCGCUGUGUAACAGUACAGACGGAACAUCUUCUUGUGCCUUGGUUUCCGUUCUUCAUCAUGUCGGAAGGCUACAGUUACCAAACUGGAAAGCGAAACACUUUCCACGCCGCUGACUAUGUCAUCUUCGCUAGUAUCCUUGUCAUCUCCGCCUCCAUCGGCAUCUUCUACGCCAUCCGCGACAGAAAAAAGAACAAUCUCCGUCAGUUUCUCAUGGCAGGUAAAGACAUGAACGCCAUUCCCGUGGCGUUAUCGUUGUUGGCGAGUUUUAUGUCGGCGAUCACGUUGCUUGGGACUCCGGCGGAGAUGUAUAACUUCACGACGGUAUAUUGGUGGAUCGGCAUUUCUUAUUUCUUCGUCAUUGCUGCAGCCGCUCACAUCUUCAUCCCGAUAUUCUACAACCUCAAGGUUACAAGUGCUUAUGAAUACCUCGAGUACCGGUUUGGGAAAACAAUCCGUACUGCAGGAUCCAUGACAUUCGCGGUACAGAUGGUGCUGUACAUGGCCAUCGUGUUGUACGCCCCGUCCCUCGCCCUGAACGCCGUGACUGGUUUCACCCUCUGGGGCUCUGUCAUAUCCGUCGGAGUGGUCUGCACUCUCUACACAACCAUCGGUGGGAUGAAGGCGGUGUUAUGGACGGACACCUUCCAGAUCGGGAUGAUGUUCGCAGGGCUGUUCGCGGUCCUCAUCAAGGGGUCCAUGGUUCUCGGCGGAUUCGCUAAUGCCUGGAAGAUCGCUGAACGCAACGAGAGAAUCGUCAUAUAUGACUUCAGUCCAGAUCCAUCCGUCCGUCACAGCGUGUGGUCUCUUGUGAUUGGUGGAUUCUUCACAUGGGUGGCCGUCUACGGAACCAAUCAGGCACAAGUUCAGCGUGCGUGCACGUGCCCCACUUUGAAGAAAGCUCAGCUCGCCAUCUGGAUUAACUUUCCCGGCCUCUGCCUCAUCCUCUACGUCUGCUGCCUCAUCGGCAUCGUUCUGUAUGCCUUCUACAGCUUAUGCGACCCACUCCGCUUCGGCCUGGUCAGCGCUUCGGACCAGCUCCUCCCUCUGUUUGUGAUGGACGUGUUGGGGAACAUCACGGGACUUCCGGGUCUGUUCGUCGCCUGCAUCUUCAGUGGCGCCCUCAGCACCGUGUCCUCGGGCCUCAACUCCUUGGCGGCCGUUCUGCUGGAGGACGUAGUCAAGUCCUACAUCGCCAAGAAUCUGUCUGAAGAACGGGCCACGCUAAUCUCGAAGAUCAUAGCGCUGGUCCUGGGCGGCGUGUGUUUGGGCUUGACGUAUGUGGCCUCACUCCUGGGUGGUGUCUUACAGGCGGCCCUGUCUCUCUUCGGCAUGAUCGGCGGACCACUCCUCGGGUUGUUCACGCUCGGAAUGAUCUUCCCGUGGGCUAACAAGUGGGGAGCCGGCGCCGGCCUGGGCACCAGCCUCGUUAUGAUGUUCUGGAUCGGUAUAGGAGCCCAGGUGUACAAACCCCCUCAACCCAAGCCUCCUACCAACAUCACAGGCUGCAACUGGAACCUCACAACGACAGUCGCACCUGUCACCGUCUCUGGUGUUAUGUCCUCCAUAUCUACAGUCGCCACGACGACACUCAACAACGCCACAACCGUGGCAGCUACUGUAGAAAGGUCACCUGACUACUAUCUCUACACCCUGUCCUAUCUGUGGUACAGCGCCACCGCCGUCCUCAUUGUCGUCGUCGUCGGUCUCAUCGUCAGCUUCCUCACAGGUCCCACCAAGGCGUCCUCCGUCGACCCCCGCCUCAUCUGCCCAAUCUUCGAUAUCGUCUUCCCCUUCUCUUUCCUGCCGGAAUGCAUCAGAAAGCCUCUGCGUUUUGGCGUCAACCACGAAGGGAAGUACGACAGGCCCAGCCUGUCUUGCAAGAUGACCCCUGCCGAACUGAAGGCUGGCGAGCAGUACCGACACAGCGGCGGCCCGGUGCACAUCGGUACACACGAGGUAGAGAAGGGGGAGGGGCUGGACAAGAACGGUCUGGGAGGUGGGGCCGACAAUCCAGGAUUCGACCCACCGCCGUACAGUGAAACGUUUGAACAACCCAGUACACGGCUAUGAGAAAGGUUGUAAAUGGUGCAUAGUAUACAAAAGUUCUGUUCUAGAUAUCUCCACAUCUCUAACAAAUCCCAGUGACUCCAACAUAUCUGUUUGUGCCGCGCUACGGGAUGGCUCAGUAGGAUGCAAUGUUCCAAGAAUGAUGCUCGAACAGAGUACAAACCUGGACUCAGAUGAUUGCGGUAUUGUUUAUCUCCGUGGAUACAUAACAUGUUUGUUUGGCGUAGGACUUAACGCGUGAUAUAACCUUAGGGCGUGUACAGCUGUAUACAAUCAGACAAUAAUAUGUCGAGGAACAGUUUACGUUUGCUCCACUAAAUUCUUAAUUUGAAGAAAAUAAUUCACAAAAUCAUCAAGCUUAAUGACCAUGUCAACAUUAUUAGCAUCAAUUGAAUAAAAAGGCAGCGCAUCCCUGCAGUACCUCCCCACCCAAAUGUUUGUUAAAACAUUAAAACCGAGCAGGUGACUGACUCUCCAAGUAUACGAUCUGUAACGAGAGUUUUCAACUCAUAUUGCAAUGAUCCUGUAAUGCUAUUAAUGUCUUUGGUUGCUGGGUGACGCGGCGCCCACUGAAAUGCUCAUGUUGACAUGUCACGAGUCCCAUUGCGAAGGUCAGGCGCGUAGCAAGCCGUUUUUAUCGUGUAAGCCCAAUAGGUUGCAAAGCUUCAUAUUUCGAUAGUAUUGAGGGCUUGCCUAUUUUUUUUCAACAAUCAAUUGUAAGCCCGGGCUUUUUGUUGUAAUAGUAGCUACGCCCCUUGCUGUUGUCGGAUUAUAUUAAUAUUUUCAGAUAUGUUCACUGUAUAUUUUUUUAAUAUUUGAAAUAAAGUAUAUUUCGUAUUAA